AUGAUGGCAGCAGUGGCAAACGGCGCCGCUGAAGGCAUAUAUUCGGACUUUUACGAUUUUCCAGAAAGCGAGUUUGACAGCGCAGAUUUUGAAUUGAAUCUGUUGACUACCGACAACUCGACCCAGACGACGGAGCCACCCGCAUUGCAAGCGCCCAACAAAGAGAUCUGGCAGUUCUUCAGCGUCCCGCCCUCUCUAAACAGCAACGAGCCGCCGUCGAGCGUGCUCCGUGAGUUUGACAAUGUUUCCAUCUCAACAACUACACCGACGAAAUUUGACCCUACUCUGCAGUUCUCGCCACCUAACUCGGCAUCUCCGACUAUAGACGAGGUCAUCGGCGACGGCAAAGGUGUUGGCGAAGAAGUCAGCUGGGAAUUUGUCAACGGUCCGCUGCAGCGUAUUUACACUGAGGAUGCGAAGAAUUACCGCAAUCGUAUCAAAACCCGCGGUGCCAACCACCCGCAUGGACUCCUACCAGCGACGCCACCGUCAACCGCCACUUCCCCUCCCGCAGGGAUGCUUCUCCGGCCUUAUAAAGCCUGGUUUCAUCUCCGAGAGAUGCACCAAGCAAAACAAUCAAUGUACAGGAACCAGCCGGAAGUGGUGUUUGAACUCUUUGCCCGAGUCGUAUAUACACGACGAGAGAACUUUGCAAAGAAACAGCUGUUUCAGCUGCGUGACCUCUUCAAGGUGCCACCACCUUACAUCUCUGGCGUCUUGUUGAACUAG